UUUUAAUGGAAUUUGUUGAUAAAUUUUACUAAGCUCACAUUUAGCAUUUUGGUUCUUCACGUCUUGCUUUUUGUUUUACUCUGACCAGGUACAAUGCUUUAACAUUGUCCAUUUCAUUCCAGUUUUGAUCAUUAUCUUUAAAACUUUAUGCUAAAUUAGAAGUCAUAGAUGUUUAAUAUUUUCGUUACAAUUAUAAUAUUUUAAUUAAUUGAGUUUAGUCGGAUAAAAUUGUCUGUGUUUGAUUAGAUAGUGCCCGGUGGUGGGGGAGAUGAAAAUUGUAUUGGAAGAUUUUCAGGUGCAUGUGGUGCUGAAAUCCGAGACGUCUGAUUGGAAUCAAUGCUGAUAGAUGGAGGGUCCGGAUUGGCAGGUGUGGUAGAGGUGUAAGAUAUGUCUGUACUGCGGCAUGCAGCAGAUUGAAGCAGAGCACAUUUGGAAAUUCGGAACGCCUUCCGCCAGAACACAACGGAAUCCGAGUUCAAUUCCCUAGCCAACAAUGAUCCAUCAUCAUCUUCCUGUCAUCUUCUUCUGCUUUCAAUUCCCUAAAAGCCAAUACAACUUGCAGCAGAAGGCAAAAUUUUAGUUGGUUUUCGAUGUUAUUUCACAUAGGAUUCUUAUCUUUUUGAUUUGGCGCUGCGAAGAGUAGGAGCAGGUCCAGAUCAAACUACGAAAAAUGAGCUUGUCUUCUUGGUUUCGACGGAGACUUUUGAGGCAAAUCGACCAGUUUACCGAAGGUUCGAUUCCCUUGCGGAAAUCCGAUGGAGAGAAGGAAGAGCAAUUCCAUGGAGUCACAGACGGGUUGAUCGAAUUUGUCAAGUCCUUCACCAUUGAAACCUUCAAGAACUUUCCUCUUCAAGAUGAAGGGGAAGCACUUUGUGGUGAUCAAAAUCUCUCGGAUUGGCAGGAGCGACAUGCCGUUCUUGUGCUGUCUAAAGUCAAGGAAAUUUCCCAACUCAGAUAUAAGCUUUGCCCUGGACAUUUGAAGGAACACCAAUUCUGGAAAAUAUAUUUUUCCCUUGUCAAGAGCCUUGUGGUUGAAUAUGAACUGCGUGCAAUUCAACUUGAUAAACUUAGGAGGAUGGCUUUAGGGAAUGAGGGAUCUUCCAACUGCACUUCAUCAUAUGAAGUUGAAAUGGCAGAGACGAAUACUGCAUCACAUUUAGCUCCUGUAGGGCCACUAACUCCAUAAAACCAAAGCCUGCAUUUUGGUAUUUCAGGCUUAACAAGUUUAACCGUUGCCCAUAUUCAUGAUCUGAUUUACUAGCUGAUGAAAUAUUGAACAUGGUUUGAUGCUUCCUUCUGAAUCAACCCAAAAGUAUCUUUAGAAUUCCAACUGCGGCUGUACAAACCCAAGUUACAAUAGAGACAAGAAAAUUGUGAUUGCAUGACUUUAAUACAGAUUUCCAAGAACAUUUAUAUGUGAUUGCAUGAGUUUAAUAUAGUUUUACAAGAGUACUUAUA